AAGUUGUCAUUUUGUAAUCUACAAAUGAACAUAUGUAUAACUGGGAAAUGUGUCUGAAAAUAUAAAAGUAAUUCUUAUAUCUUAAGUAUAUAUAUGAAAAAUCCUAACAAAAAUAUCAACUUUCGAGGAGAAAUUUCCAUAUUUCGAGCAAUUUUGUAUACCAAAUUGUAACUUUAGAUGUCCUGCAACUAGCUGUAUUCUAUUUUUGCAAGUGUAUUCCAGCUUCUUGUGCUUAUUACCAGAGUUAUGCCCAACACUCGAGGCAUCACCAAGAUGUCCUGCAGCUCCACCUUCAACCCCACAUUUUCACAUUCUCCAGUGACAGCACCCUCUCUCUCAGACAGGCAGCCGGCUCAUUUUAUUUGUCUUGGUCACUAAAAUUAUCCGUCUGUUUUUGUUUGUUUUUAGAAAAAUAUAAAUGUACAAAAACUGAGAAUGGCAGAACCAAGCGAAUCAUGGCUAGAUUGGCACUUCAAAACCCAAUUGCGCACCUACACGGAGGAGGAUUUGCCGGCAGCCUGUCUGUCCGAUCGCGUGAUCAUGGCCAAGUGGCUGCAGGUCUUUAAGGCAGCACCAGUUAGCCAGAAAAUGGCCCGGAACAGUUUGAUGCUUCUCAUGCAUGGCCACCUGGAGGACUUUGGCUUCCUUAGGGCCCCAUUUACGGAUAUCAAUAACUGCUAUAGAGAUUUGAACCAGGUUAUAAAUGGCUACCAUGGGAUUUCACUACUUAGGCCGUUGAAGAAUGCCAGAUCCAGGUGCAAUGACCAAGCAAACAAGGAACCGCAACGCGUGGCAGGUGGACAAUCAUCUGCCUAUCGUUCCAGAUCGCCCAAAAGAAUUCCAAGUCGCUCUAGACUGUAUACCAUUGCGGAGGAACUUUCCGCUGCCAGUGGGGAGAAUGUGAUCGAAAGAGAUACUCCAUUGUCUGCUUUGCUGCCUAAUAUGACUACUGUGAAACAGAGAAUCCAGGCCAUCGAAAAGGAGUUAGCCAGGAAUAAGCCCCCUCCAUUGCCACAAUCUUCCACGCAAAGGAACACCCAUCAGAGCUGCCGUAAUGAGGCAAAGGCACCCUCCAACAAUAGAUAUGACAAUCGACAAUCACAGGAUCACCCUUCCCAGAAAAGGAAGUCGCGGAAUGCCUCGCCCAUUGCUGUACAGAAGGAGACACCUCUAGUACCACUCCAUUCCACACAAAACAUCCGGAAGUGCACCCAUAACUGCUACUGCAAUAAUACACAUGAAUCCUUCCCUGAUCAGCAUCCAUUUCCCCAAAGAUGGAAACCCGUUUGUGGUUGUUCUGGUGUUGUACAAAAGCUAAAGAACUGCUUCCAGGAAGCUUCUGUACGCUUGCAAGAUCCUUCCAAAGAUGAUAAUCCCGUCUUUGGUAGAAUCAGCGCCGCCUCUCCUCCGUCUAUGUCUGCUAAAAGGACUACUCAAAGACGCAAGUGCCCAAGUGAAGAGGAUCUCCCUUCAAAGACCCGUCUGGUGGGUGGUCAGUCCAUUCCUAAAAGUUACCAACGGGAUAAGACUAUAAUGGAUUUGCUGAGGCGUCAAGAGGAGUUACGACAGGAGUGCCUGCUCUAUUACAACUUGGAUGGUACCCUCAAGAAAGACCUGCCGGCGCCGACCUCUCUGCCAAAAAGCAAAAUCGAAGGAUUUGCAAUUGGCGCCUCCCGAGCCAUGGAGCGUUUGAAACGCUGGCGCGGAAAGCCAAAUCAGUUGAAGUUUUUCCGAACCAUUUUCCGGGGAUGUGGCCUUGCCUCCGAUGUGACCGGACGAGUUAAGGCUCUGGAUCGUCGCUUCGAGCUGGUGGCUCUCCAAUGGAUGCGCAGAAAGAGGCGUCUUCAUCCCGUCUUUGUUGACUUUGACCAAAAGCCACCAUACAGCAUGCAGGAGGUGCUCGAGCAGAAGAAGGCCGUCAAGACGGAGUAUAUGGCUCAUGUGGCCGAAAUUCGAAAGCUAUGUGAAAUCCUUUGCCGCGGAGUCAUACUUCCCGAUGUCCUAGACAAGAUGUUCCAUUGCCUGGACCUUGAGUACGAAACGGCAAACGGAGAUGUGGAGAGAUUGGAGCAUCAGUUGAAGGACAUGUUGUCCAGCACCUGCUAGAGUGUGUAACAAACAAAAUUAACACUGACAGUCGCUACUCAUUAAUUAAUUUAAAUAC